CUGCUUCCCCAGUGGUGACCUGGGUCUGGGAUCUCAGACCAGAUGAUCUUAAGGGUCCCUUCUGAUCAGGAGCCACCGGCAAGAAAUGAAAGUGAAAUCAGGGGAUAGUGUCAUCAGUCAGCACAAAUGUGACAAAGUUCAGAGAGCUGUUUACUUAGGCACAACUGCGCCUUCCAGCCGGUCAUAAGCUCGGGGCUUAUGCUCGGGGCUGCAUCGUCCCGUCUCCACCGGCCUCGUUUCUGGAACCUGACAUUAGGAGGCAGCGAGAGAGAAGAAUCAAGCGAACCUGAUUUCCUGCUCCUCCUCUUUAUGAGUGUUUUGUGGGUUCUGCAUCUUCUUUUUGGUACCCAGGAAGGCGCCCUGUGAAGCGCAGGAGAUGCCCGUCCUAAGGUCAAGGCGGAGGAACCGGCUGCUGUUCCUGGGAAUCAUGACGCUCACAGUCACAGCGAUCUUCCUGCUGUUCUUUGCUCUCCUCUGGAAGGCCGGCAACCUCAUCGACUUGCCCAACCUCAGAAUUGGCUUCUACAACUUCUGUCUCUGGAACGAGGGCACUGGGGCCCUACAGUGUCACCAGUUCCCUGAGCUGGAGGCCCUGGGGGUGCCUCGAGUUGGCCUGGCCCUGGCCAGGCUUGGCGUGUACGGGGCCCUGGUCCUCACCCUCUUCGUCCCCCUGCCUCUCCUCCUGGCCUGGUGCAACAGUAACGAGGGAGAGUGUCAGCUGGCCGUGGGCUUCCUGGCCAUGUCCUCCAUGCUGCUGGCCAGCGGCCUGGGCCUCUUCCUCACCUACACAUGGAAGUGGCUCCGGCUCUCCCUCCUGGGGCCUGGGUUUCUAGCUCUGGGUGUUGCCCAGGGCUUACUCAUCCUCUUGCUUAUGGCCACAGUCGUGUUCCCUCAGAGGGCAAAGGACAAGAACUUGAGAGCUGCUAGCUCUGUCUAAAGGCUUACGUGACUGCAAGGGUUCUGUUUGAACUAUGCUCAGAGAAGGUGCCAGAGAAUUCACGGGCUGCUGUGUCUUCUCAGCCAUCCUGUUUCAUAGCUAAUGCUGAUCUCAAGCUCUAGCAGACAGGACCCACCGCGGAGGGGGUAGGGCACCCGACGUCAAGGACAAGAGGCAGCAAGGGCGGCCAGGGCUCCCUCGGCUUCUUAGUGUAGGGUUGUGUGUCCUUUGGCACUUGUAAGGUUCCUAAGGACACCCUAAAACCACACAGCUCAUUGUCACAAGAAUUCCUGCUUUAAUUAACUGAUCUGAGCAAGCCAUUCUUACUUUAUCCUCAGAACAAUGGGGAGAUAAGGCUUCCUGUCAUGGGGCCAGAUUUCCAGGACAAGUUGCCAAAUGCCAGACUGGAACCCACUGAGGGUCUAUGAAGAAACACCUCAGGGUCCCUGGGGGCCCUGCCUGGCCAGCUCCCCAUCUCCAUCCAAGGCGGGUAGAAUGCGAUGAGCCCCUCACCUCUGACAAUGCUCCCAAAGGCCCAGGAAUAAUCUGAGGGAUUCACCGAAGACAGAACACAUGGGCACGAAGAGCAGCCCUGGUGGCUUUGAAGGUUCCCCUGAAAAGGCUCCCGGACCUGAAGGCCGACAGAGCAGGGGGUCAGCGGGCAGAUCACUCCCAGCACGUGACCUGGGAGUUCAGGAACCGAAGACGCCGGGUCCCUGGUCAGGAGAGGAAGGUGCACAGGACAGAACGGUUCCACAUCCACGUGAAUGCUGUAUCCCCUCACCUCUCACCCCGGGCCCAGAAAGGAUACAAGCACAACUCAUGCACUGGGGAACUUUGUGUAUUUUUCAGCACCUAUAUAUUGAAAACCUGUACAGCACGUGAUUGCCUCAUCCUAUGCCUGUCAAAAGCCACACUGAAUACAGAAGCAGAAACACGGA